AUGGUCUUUGUGGAACCCCAGUCUCUCCUUGAGAGGGCUGUGCUAACUCGUCCAAUACCAGAAAACGCACGAAAACUCGCUCAUCUUGUAGAGGUGACUGAACGGCGGAUAGAUGUCGGUGAUCACAGUGUUUUCUACCGGGAAGCAUUGCCUCCAGACAGUCAUUACACCAAAGCGGCCGUUGUGUUCCUUCAUGGACAAUCCUACUCGUCAUCGACGUGGACCGAUCGAGGGUCUCUAAGCACCUUUGCCGCUCUCGGUUACCAUUGUAUAGCACCAGAUUUGCCAGGAUCUGGUCAGGUAUGUUUUGAACCUAUAAAAUUUUAUAACUUUUUCAAGGUGAUGGUGGUAACAGCCUCCAUGGCAGCUCAGUACGUUCUACCCCUUCUCACCCAAGACAUUUUUGUUUGCGUUGUUGGCAUUGCACCUUCUAACACCCACGAGAUCACUCAGCCAUCGCUGUACCGUACUCCGAUUCUCGUCUUAUGGGGAGACCACGACACCUCCCUGGGACCUACAGCGGCAGCGAACCUACGAGUUCUGCCGAACGUUCGGCUUCAUAAAAUCCCUAACGCCGGUCAUGCCUGUUAUUUGAACAAUCAUCAAGCAUUCGAGGAAGUCUGUAUGAACUUCUUCGAUUUGAUACGAAAUUAUCACGCUUUGUAG